CUCCUGUAAGGUGUAUGUAUCACGAAUUCACGACUUCAGUUCGCUUGAUGGGGAUUGGAAUCAAAUUUUCUCUUUGAUUGAUUGGUUUAGUCAGGGGUUCUAUGAUAAAUGGCAACGUCGAGUCAUGUUUGUUUUGGUUUUGGUAACUGUCUUCUGGUAACGGAGUGUAAACGUUUUAAAAAUUAGUUAUUAGAACGUUGUACUCCAAAUAGACCGAAAAUGGCUUUUUUGUGGCUAGAAUCGACUUUCCACAACUCUCAACCCUUAAAUAAGAAGCAAGAUUGUCUUGUUACUUUCGUUCACUGGAAAUUGCUGUCGAAUGGUUAUUUGGUUUUGCAUUCUAAACAGGGUCUGAAUGUUGAAGAUGCAGAGAGAAAGGAAGUACUUCCCGAAAAUUGGAAUUCAGAAGCAGUGUAUGAACUUCAAUAUGUAAAAAAUGGAGAACAACAUUUGUUAAAAGCCGUUAUUGUUGAUGGAGAACUGGUUUUUACUGUUAUGCGAGUUAAAGAUGAGAAAGUUGCUACUCUGGUGUUGGACACAGAUCGUUGGAUUGGAGAGAAUUUCCAGAGUUUCAAUGAGGCAUACAAAGAAAAAGUCACUUUGGACAAUUUUGUUCAAAAAGAAUUGGUGGACCCUUUCGUUGAAAAGGUGUCUUCCAAACCUUCUGGAACUUCCACCAUUAUCAUUGAUGAGAGACCACAAAGUACAUCUACUGGAGCCCCUUCAUACCCCUCAGCAAGUUCGUUCCCUGAUCCGUUUGCUGUCGGAGGAGGUGAUUUGAAUCCGCUGGGAAGAGGACUUGGAGGUGGCGGUAUGCUAAUGGACCCUCGUCACAUGGGCCGACGGCCACCAUUGGGUAUUCCAGGGAACCUUCCUCCAGGAGCUGUCCCGCCUGGCGCGCGAUUCGACCCUUUCGGUCCGAUUGGUAAUAUUCCUCCCAUUAGAGGACCGAGACCAAGUGGUGGAGGUUUUGGCGAUCCUUUUUUCGAUCAUCUCCCCCCUCCUGGAUCGCAUGACAUGUUUAUGUAAAAACAUUGUCCAAAAUUACGGUUAGUGGGUUGUGUGAGGCGGAUGAAAACUGUCGAUCAGUUUGAAUAAUCUAAAAAUGUAAGCAAAUGUAAUACCUUGAUGUGUUGUAACAAAGGAAGCGUGUAUCUUAUGUUUAUUUUUCACUUACCCAAUACAGAAAUUUCAAAGUUUGAA